AUGAUACGUUGGGCCUUGCAACGAGUUGUCAGGGAACAAAACCACUGCAAGAUGACUAAAUGGGCGACAAGAUAUCCGACCAUGUCCAUAGUACUUCCAGCAUUGCUAUUCUUCAUACUAUCUUAUCCAUUUCUAUCAGGCAAUAGUAGCGGUACACAUUCCUCAAACCUUUACAUGAGUAAGAUCGAUUUUGAGCUUUUACCUUCGGAUACACCUACGGACUUAUCGCUGAUCCAGAUAUUGAUUAAAUUGGACGAUGGAGGGGAUGUUCUCAAGAAGGGUACUCUAUUAGAGUCCCUUGCAUUCCAAAAUCGCUUACUAGAAAACUUAACUGGGUCAACUAACAUCGCUUCCAUUCAGUCACCUUUCGAAAUUUGGAACAAUUCUCUUCCGACUCUUCAAAUGGACGAUUCGCCCCUCAAAUCAAUAAAUCUUCAAUUGAGACACCUUCCAAAAUACCUUUUACGACGGGUUAUGAAAGUUAAUGGUUACGUCACUUCGGCAGAAGGUUUAACGAUUUCUUUGUUAGUUAAAGAUCAAGACAGAGGGGGCUUUCAAAUGAUACUAGAUAAUAAUAUCGCUACAAUGAAUUCGAUCUCAAAUAUAACGAAUUUCCAUAUAUUGCCCUCCCUUGUUGAGCCUGCGAAUAUCUCCGAGAAGGAAGUAUUGAAAUUCACAUUGAUGCAUCUUACCUGGUGGGAUGUUUCGCUAUUUAUUGUUGCGUAUCUUCUAAUGUUCGCAUGUUUUUUCUGGAAUUUUGCUAGUAUUCCCACGGUAAAAUCUAAGGUUGGGAUCUCUAUUGCAGCUGUAUUCGAAAUCCUGUUGAGUCUUGGAUCGUCUUUGACAUUGACAAAUUUAGUAUUCAAAACUUCCAGCGAAAUCGUGCCUGGUUUCUUGAUGUAUUUACCAGUAUUAAUCAUUUCAUUCGGAGGAAUCAGGCAGCUUUUGGAACAUACCGCUGGAUCGAGCGUCGCUGAUUUGAACAGCUCGAGUGACACGCAAGAAACAAACCGGGUGGAAGAUUAUGCGGAACCGAAACAAAGAAGUUUCAUAUUUGCUUCAGCAGAGUGCAACGUUUCAUUUUUUUAUACAACCAUUUUGAGUGUGCUAAUUGUGGCCUUUGUCAUCCCUUUCAAUAGAAAAGUCAGCUUUUUUAUUGCCUGUUCGCUAAGUGUCAAUUGGAUUCUUCAAACAUUUUAUUUUACAGCUAUUAUUAGUUUGGACUACCGACGUUUGAGCAGCAAUGAUGUUCUGUUUAUGACUGACAACGACAGAAAGUACAAAGUUUCUUUAGAUGAUAAAGUUGCCAGUAAAGAUGUGAGUCGCGUUCUGAUUUCUGAGAACCUUGAGAGAAUCACGAACGUGAUAGCGGCAUAUUCACCAUUGCUCAUCCUCACUUAUUUCUUAUACUUAACUCAAAGGUUUUACCCUGUGCGCUCUUCAUCUUCAUUAAUCCACAAGGUCUUUCAUGGAAAAUUUAAUAGCCUCUCUUAUUUUGCCAAAGGGCAAUCAUCAAUUCUAGCUGAUCAGAAAUCUAUCGCAAGCCUGAUAAUGAAUAUUUAUGGUAGUGGGUCUUAUUUUUUGAAUUUGGCACCUUAUGACCAAAUUCAUGUUGUGAAGCAAAAUUACCCUUGCUCUUCUAACCUGAUAAGUGAUACAAGGGACUUAUUUUAUUCAUCAAUCGUUUCAUCGUAUAAAUUCGACUUUUACUAUUUCUUUGAGUUUGUGGUGCUAAUAAUACUGUUAGUGGCAUCUGCUUUGUUAUUAUUACAGUUACUACUACAAAAUGUGGAUAAUGAAGACAAUCGUGCGCAAAAUGGGGUUAGGAAAUCUCAACACCGCGAUAACUAUAAUCAAGAGGGACCAGUUACGAGUAGUAAGGAGGAUGAUACAGCAGCUUUCCAUAUAAAAGAACUAUCAGCAGGAGGGCAUACUCUGGAUAUCAUUAAAAUUUCGACGUCGCAAUCGCCAUUCAUUUUAUCUGUUGGCUUGGAUCGUAAAGUUCUUGUGUGGUCGCCUUUGUCGAAACCUGUUCCACCCCCGACAGAAAUACCACUUGCCCGAAAAUAUUGGCCAAUUGCAGAAGUGGUCAUUAGUAAUGAUGGAAACUACACGGCGUUCUUUAGUCAGUCUGGAAAGGUUACGUGCUGGUCAAGGAAGAGAAUGGAGUUCAUUUGGUCACACGUUUUAGAUAAUGUGAAUAAUGUUCCCGUUGAAUGUUUUUUUCGCAAGAGGACUGUACCAGCGUUUAUGAAAAGAAGGACUGAGAAUGUGGGGUCAGAGCUGAAUAGAAAGCUCAAUGGCUCGCUUGAUCGCCCUCUUUCGAGAAGCAGGCGUGAUAGUAAUGUCUCUAUAGCGUCGAUUAGGUCCACGACAUCUAUUUCAACCGUCAAAAAUGGACCUGUAGAUGCGCUAUAUGAGAAUACGACAUUAGCAACGUCUGGUGAAGACGAUCUCCUCGAAUUUGUGUUUGUUACUAGUGAUGGGCGAAUGAACAUUGUAAACAGCAGAGGUGAACUUAACAACUCAAAGCUUACGACAUCCGAACACCGGUUGAUAUCCUGUAAAAGGCUGAUUACACCCCGAGUUAAUGAUAGGCUUGUUAUUUUUGAUCAAGUUGGGGACAUAUACAUCUCAACGGUCGUUAACAAUAAGUGGAGAUCAAGGAAAUUGAUCGUUCAAAGAAAUCGCUUCAAUAAAGGAAAAAUGCUGAUGACACCGGCUGCACUUAGUCGUGGUGUUUUCGAAAAUACCGAUGAGAUUGGAACAAAUGUUGAGAAUACGAUUCUUCCCGGCGAGGUUAGUCUUUCAUUGAUACCUUUCGUUGGUAUGAUACUCCUUGCGAAAGGAACCGAAGCAGAACUAAUUGAUGCCCAGACUGGUACCUCGAUCAAGAAAUUCGAACUCGGUGAAUAUAAAUCUGGUUCUCUGAAGGUGUUUCAUGAUCAGCCAACUCAUUGCAGAUUCUGUGGUAGUGCAUCUGUAGCAUCGUUUUCUAUCGCAUAUACUGCUAAGCUUAACUCCACACUGGUGAUGCAUAGUUUUCAAUUAGAGAGUAGAACGAAAACGAGUAUAUGUCUACGUGUGGAGAGAGAUCCUAGGGAGAUUAGAUGUCUCGGAUUUGAGGCCGUUGUCGAAAAGAAGUACUAUUUGCCCAAUGUAGAUGGAUGGAAUUUCACUGAAAACAAUAUGAUCAUUGGAAUAAGACGUAAAGAUGAUAGGAUAGAGUCAAAGGCAGGUUCCUCAUCGAUGAUGCGGAGCUCUUCUGAAGAGUCUGGUGCAACCCUUUCCAAACUGCAAAGUAGAGUGAAAAGUAAGCGAAUGAAUACUUCUAGGUCUGUGGAUUAUAAUAUCCAUAAUAUAUGGGAAGGAUGGACAAUGACCACGGAUGGCAGAAUAUCCUUUCAUAAAAUUCCUACAGGAGUUAACGGUCUUCUUGUAAAUAAGAUUGGUCCCCUUGAAAAGUUUGGUGCGAAAUCUAUUGUUGUCACAUUUGGGAACAUUAUGAAAAUGUUUUAUUUAGGACACGAAGAGCUGAUUUUAAGCCCUGAUGAUGUGAGUUCUAAUGAGGUUGAUACGGGAUUGAAAUUCAUAAAUAGGAGAAGGGACAGGCUGACUAACAAGAAGAUUUCCACCAACUAUAACAAAUUCUAG